AUGGCCGGCGGACUUGGCCAACGGCCACUUUCAGAAGUGAGCCCUAUGGCGCAACGACGCAAUUCCCCCAGCUGGAACCAAACUACCAAAGCUCCCAGUGGCGAUGCGCCCGCUUACGAUAUCUCACCUUUGAAUAACUCAGCCUCCCCUCGUCUCUUUUGGAAGGGAAGAGACUCACCAUCGCCAUUUCCGAAGGCUUCUGAAAACCGUGUGCCGUAUGAUCCGGAAGCUUGCAUCUUGCCAGCGAGACGGCCCUCCCUCGAAGACCUAAAGCGCGCGUCGCGAGUUAAAAACCACAAUAUCUUCCGUGAAGGUGGACAAGAAUAUGAUCCAGCGCACGUCUCUGUACCAAUAAGACCUUUGGCCACAGACCGAUCUCCGAAUCGUGAGAGUCAAAUGAACCUCGCCAAAUCGCAAUUGGCCGAAGAUGAUGAGUUCGACAUGCAGCCACCUAGACCUCACUCCCCCAGCAAAGAUCAACCAUCUCCAGGAAAAUCCUCAUUGUCCAAGGGUAGCAGAUACGGCAAGGGCUUUGACCCACAAAGUGAUAUCUGGUCGGAGUACGAUAGUUUUGGACAUCGGCAUAACAAAAGCGUUACUUUUGAUGCUGCGCCUCCUCAAGUCAACGAGUAUGAGAUGAGGACACCUGACCCGUCUUCAGUAACGUCGGAGUCCCGCGAAGCCAGUUACGAAUCCGAAGAGGAAGAAGACGAGGUUAGCUUCGAACAUGAAUCAUCGAUGGAGCGUGACGAUAGUUUUGAUGCGUCUCUCGAGGAUAUUGAGAAGACACCCGUUGUGUUGCCUGAUGAGUGGCGAUUUAUGAGCCCAGGAAGUGUGAACGAAGAAGAGGAGUCGUUCGUCGAGACAGUCGACGAGGAAGUCGCCGAGGAGCGUCCAAUCUCCCGUGAAGGAGAAUCUUCCCAUCACACACGGGUUGAGUCUUUGGACUCAAAUGGAGAGCGACGUCCCCUACCCCCGCUGCCAUCGGUUUCCCGCAUGUCUGGCUCUCGGCCGACUUCGCCCAAUAAGACCGCGAGCGCGUUUGAGCUCGGCAGUGGCAGUCAGCGUGGUUUUCCGGCUCCACUUGCGCCUGCCUCUUACAGCAAAUCUGAUAUGGAGGGCGGGAUGUCCUUGGAGGAAAGACUUGCUCUCAUGAUGAUUCAAGACAAAAAGACCCCCCACCUGGGUGAAGAGGUCGACGACGCUCCGUAUAAGACUACGGAAACUGAGAAGGAUUCCGAACAGCAAAGUGCCAACGACCAGAGCGAUGCUCUGUCCAAAGAUGCGGUUUUCUCUCCUCCUAGGAUCUCUCGCGAUUCAAUUCUUCGGGAUAUUCGUAAGGGUGAUGACUACGAAGAUGAUGAAGAUGACGUGUUCGGUGAUGACUCCCAUUUGGAGUCAAGCCCUCAUCCUUACGAUAAUUAUGAUCCUGAUGUUCCCAUCCCCUCUCUCGAAACGGACGACGACGAUGCUUCGAGUGUUAUUAUCAAAGAGGAAGCUAACGACGAUGAACUAUACGCCAUCCCUGAUUACUAUCAGAACUCGUCGAGCAACAGUCUUUCUUCUCGUGACCAGCGAGCCAAGUACGACGAGGACAGUAAUUACUCAUUGCGAUCGGCAGCUGAAGCGGCCGAACACGAGAACAACAAUAGUUCUGCCCAAACUACACCAGUUGCCGGUGAAGAAAACCCUCCUCCUUUAUCUUCGAGCGCCGAGAAGCAAAAUCAAGGUUCAGAGCCGAAGGAAGACCAACACUUGGAUAUGACUUCUAUUCGUCAAUCUCUCGGACGCCCCGUGACUCCCGAGAUCAAGGAGGAGCCUAUGUCCGAACCCUCUACCCCGGAAUCUGUUAUCCGCCAUCCCAUUUCUGAUGAUGACGGAGAAGAAGAAGAGGAGGAGGAAGAGGAGGAGGAGGAGGAGGAUGAGGAAGAGGAGGAAGAGAAGCCGUUCGAAGAUGAGGACCUAGAUGAAGCAAUCUCCUCGGACGAGUCUGUUCCUGAGCCCAUUGCCACAAUUAGAGCUCCGGGCGCUGGACUUAAAACUCGUCCCUCGCUCACCCCAGCGGAUAUGGAUGCGAUGGCCGCUACUCGACGCAAGAUUAGUGGACAGCACGCCCCUCCUGUGCCACCUUUGCCGCAAUUGACUCAACAGACCUCGCAUGAUUCCCAAAAGUCCGAGAAGGAUGCACCUAAACUUGAUGCCGCACCCCAACUGACAUUGCCUAACAACCUCACCCAAAGGCAGACAAGUUUGAUGCAAUUGGAUAUUCCAUUCAGCAUCCAGGAGGAAAGCCUUGGAUCGGGAUUGACGAAAGAAUUUGACCGUGUUAUCGAGUCCCAAAAGGUGGCGUUCCAACUAGCUCUUUCCCAACUUGACUCUUGCCCUGUUCCAGCGACCCAUUUGGAUACAUCGUUCGAUUUUGCUACCCCAGGACUACCCAUUUCACCGACUGAUGCAACUAUCGCUAACAAAUCUACGAUCCAACAGAGAGGCUACCUCAUGCGUCAAAACACCAAGGUCGUGAUUGCGAGCAAUCGCGAUGAAGAAGACCCUGCCCUCCCAAUUGACUCGACAACAGACGAUCCCCGCGGUACUCGGUCUGCUGGUUCUUCUCCACGGAAAGCCAGUCAGCAGACAUGGACCAGUGUUCCCUGGAACGGAUCAACCCGACGUCCGAGUGUAAAGAUGGCAGGCGUUGCUCCGAAGAAAAAGCCCGUUCCAGGCGCAGUUCCUCCCCUUCCUGGACACCAGAGCAACGUACAAGAAGCUCCACCAACCAUCGAUGAGAAUGAGCCUCUUGGUCAAGAUGCAUACGAAGAUGGAGAAGAGCGGGGCAGGCUUUUUGUCAAGGUCGUCGGAAUCAAGUACAUUGAUCUUCCUCUGCCACGCGGCGAACGAUCAUACUUUGCCCUUACCCUGGACAAUGGCUUGCACUGUGUCACCACAUCCUGGCUUGAACUUGGGAAAUCAGCUCCCAUCGGACAAGAAUUUGAGCUCAUUGUUCAUAAUGACCUUGAGUUCCAACUGACCCUGCAGAUGAAGGUUGACGAGAAUAAGAUGUACCCGCAAGAAAACCCCAGCUCUCCGUCUCGCCAGAAGACAUCGGCUCUUAGCCGUGUCUUUGCGUCACCUCGCCGCCGUAAGGAGUUAGAUCUGAAGCAACAGAUGCAGUCUCAGCAACAGAAGAAGGAUGUCAAUGCCCCAGUUUGGGAGCGUCUUCGGAAUGUUGUUGCCCGCGAUGGUAGCUUCGGUCGCUCAUAUGUAGCGUUGAGUGACCACGAGACACAUGCUUUUGGUCGCCCAUAUACUGUUGACAUUCCAUGUUUCAAUGAGUGGGCCGUCGACGAGCAGCCCAGCAGUGUCAAGAGCAAGAAGAGCGCAACCAGUAUGACUGCUCAACGCCGACCCCCGUACAAAAUUGGCAAGCUUGAAUUGCAACUUUUGUUUGUCCCCAAGCCCAAGGGCGGAAAGGAAGAUGAUAUGCCAAAGAGUAUGAAUGCCUGCAUUCGCGAGAUGCGCGAGGCCGAAAGUGUUGCUGCGCGCAGUUGGGAGGGAUUUCUAUCUCAGCAGGGUGGUGAUUGCCCGUUCUGGCGUCGCCGCUUCUUCAAGCUCCAGGGCUCUAAAUUAACCGCGUACCAUGAAACAACGCGACAGCCCCGUGCAACUAUCAACCUGGCCAAGGCUGCGAAGCUUAUUGAUGAUAGAUCAUCUUUGAUGCAGAAGGAAACUCCUGCUAAAGGCGGUGGUCGACGUAAGUCCGCCUUUGCUGAAGAGGAAGAAGGUUAUAUGUUUGUCGAAGAGGGAUUCCGUAUCCGAUUCGGCAAUGGUGAAGUGAUCGACUUCUAUGCCGACAGUGCAGCGGAUAAGGAAGGUUGGUUGCGAGUGAUGUCCGAGGCUGUUGGCAAAGGCUCCACCUCAGGAAACGGCGCUAUCAAGCCAUGGGCAAACCUCGUUCUGAAGCGCGAGCAAAGUGUCAAAUCCCGUCGUCAGACCAUCGACCGAUUCGCUCCUAGCGGCAUCCCCGCCCCUUCUUCACCCGUCACACAUAGACAGAGCACAAUGAUGGCUCCCCCAGCUUCAGCGGGAUCAGCGGCGCCGGCGCCCCAGUCCCCCCGACCUCGACACAAGCACACCUAUUCACAGCCCGAUAUGCCCAGUGCCGAAGCUCGCCGGCAGAAGACUCGAUCCCUCAUGUUUUAA